CCGCCCAAUAUGGUAGUUUUCAAAUCAUAUUUUUAUUGGAUAAUUGCCGCAAUGGUGUUAUUAGUAAUAAUAAUAAGCGGUGUAUAUGUUGCACAUCGAUCAUUGGCAAACAGAAGAAAGACACGUUCCGGUUUACAGAGAUCAAGCAAAAUCAGUUUAUCCAAAUCGUCCAUAAAAGUAGCUAGUAAACGAAGUCUCAAAAGUAAAAGCAAAAGUAAGACUUCCAGAAUUAGAAGUUCCAGUCCAAAAAAUACCAGCAAAUCUGGACGGGUUGGAAGCAGGACAUCACUAUCCGGUAUAUUGAGAAAAGCAACGUCUCCUGGCAGCCGAAAAUCACUGUCCGGUAGAUUGAAAAAAACAAUUUCUCUCGGCAGUCGAACAUCACUAUUACGAAGAUCAAGAAAAGCAACUUCGCCUGGCAGCCGAACAUCACUAUCCGGUAGAUCACGAAAGGCAACCUCUCCGGGUAGUCGAACAUCACUAAAAGGUAGAUCGGCAAGACCAACCUCUCCUAUGAGCAAAAUGAGCAGUAAAAUUAGUCUGAAUCGAUUGAAACGUUCAAAGUCACGAUUAAACAGCAUCAGUCGUGGUGGAUCAACAUCCAAGCUAGCCAGUUUAAUUAAAAAUAUUUCAUGAUCAUUUUUAUUUGGAUUUUUGAUGAUAAAUAUCCCUUGAUGAACUUAUUUUUCUGGUACCCGAAUUAAAACCUUAUUAGAAUUAAAAACUUGAA